AUGAGAGAGAAACUAAAAGCAGCAAAGUCAAAAGCAGAAAUUACUUUAUUGCAAGAAGACCCCAGUCCACGACCAAGGCAUUUAAAAAGCAUCAAAGAAAGGAAAACAGGAGUCAGACUGGAUAAAGAGGUCCAGAAUGGUUUUCCUUCUGCUGACGAAGCAUAUAAUUUCUUUACCUUCAAUUUUGAUCCUGAACCAGAGCGUAUGAAGGCUGGAACCAGGAAAAGGAAUGGAUUAAAUGAAGAAGAGGAGGCAGAAGAAGAAUGUGUAGAAACCCAUGAGGAUGAACAAGAGGAGGAUGAAACGGAUGAAGAUGUUCGCCUAGUUAAAGAUGAUGAUUUAUUCAUGAUAGACCAGACAGCCAAAGAUCUUCUAGUAAUGAGACCUGCUGAUUGUGAAAGCUACUCUGAGCAAGUGAAAAAGGAAAAAGAAUUUCUCUUCAUUCCCAGCAGGCUAACAGUGCCCACUUCUGAAAAGAUGCCUGAAAACAUGCAGUCUAGGUAUCUGGAGGAUGAGGGUCUUUACACAGGAGAAAGGCCCUUUGUAUCACAGUCUAAUCAGAAUAUUUUAGAAAACAGAAUACUCAGACAGGAGCAAGGGAAGGAGUGGUUUGGUGAUGAUGGCAAAAUCUUAGCAUUGCCUAAUCCAAUUAAACAGUCUUAUACUAGGCCUCCGAUAUUCUCAUUGGAAGAAGGCAUUGCACCAGAACUUGAAACAGUGUAUGGAAAGGCAAUAAAAAUGACAGCUGCCAAUCAAUAUCUCGUUGGACCUGGAGAUUUUCAGGGGCCAUUUCAAUUGGAUAUUGAUAUUUCUGGACUGAUAUUCACCCAUCAUCCCUGUUUUAGCCGUGAGCAUGUGUUAGCAGCCAAACUGGCUCAGUUAUAUGAUCAAUAUUUAGCAAGAAAACAGAAGAAUCUUACCAGACUUCUCACAGACAAGCUGCAUGCUUUGAGGAAUGCUGUGCAAUGUAGUAUAGACGGUGGUGCUGCUGGUGUUCCUAGUCCUGUGGCACAACAGAGCAUACCUGAAUACAAAAUUGAGAUCAGGCAAACUAGAAGACUUCGUGAUGCUGAGCAAGAAAAAGACAGAAUGUUGCUUAAGACCAUUAUAAAAGUUUGGAAACAAAUUAAAUCCCUCCGUGACUUUCAGAAGUUUACUAACACACCCAUGAAACUUUAUUUGAGAAAGGAAGAGGUUGAUCAGAGAUUAGAUGAAAAAGAAUAUGAAGCAGAAAUUCAGGCUGAGAUAAAUGAGUUACUAGAGGAAUAUAUGGAAGAAUAUGAAAAGAAAAUGGAAGAGUAUAAGACUGAGCUUCAAGAGUGGAAAUCCUGGAGGAAGACACAGAAGUCCAAGAAGAAAAAGAAGAAAAAAGACAUUAAUGAAGAAGAAGAAUCAGUAGAAGAUAGUGAUCUUGGUGAGAAACGUGUAAAACCCAUCCCACCUAAAAUGGCCAACAGCUUGGAAAUAGAGCAACAGGUUAGAGAAAAAGCUGACAACUGCAGAAGGAAGCCAGGAGAGCCUGCUCUAAUUCCUGAACUGGUCCUGUCAGGAGGCGUAACUGCAACUGAGCUGUGUCCUCGAGCAGAAGUUUUGCGACGAGAAGAUGUGAAGAAACGCUCUGCAUUUAUAAAAGUCCUUUUCAACUCCAAAGAAGUAUCAAGGACUGUUACCCGACCAAUAAGUUCAGAUUUCAGAGUUCACUUUGGACAGAUUUUCAAUUUACAAAUAUUCAAUUGGCCAGAGAGUUUGAAACUACAG